UGGGUCGUGUGCGUGCAAGGGGGGCGACGUAAGGGCGCUUCGCGAGCCGUCUCUCCUCGAAUGAAAGGAAACAACCUCCGGCGACAGAGCCCCGCUCUCAGUCGCUGCAGGAGAACCGAGACCGACUUCUUUCUCUUUCCCCUCAUUGGCGCUUCUCUGUGCCGUCCGCCUCUGGGCCCGGCUGCAUUUCUUGAGACUUAAAGUGGCAUUCUAAAGGCAAUUUAAAAAUCAUGUCAAGCUCAAUUGAACAGAAAAAAGGGCCUACAAGACAGCGCAAAUGUGGCUUUUGUAAGUCAAAUAGAGACAAGGAAUGUGGACAGUUACUAAUAUCAGAAAACCAGAAGGUGGCAGCACACCAUAAGUGCAUGCUCUUCUCAUCUGCCUUGGUAUCAUCCCACUCUGAUAAUGAGAGUCUUGGUGGAUUUUCUAUUGAAGAUGUCCAAAAGGAAAUUAAAAGAGGCACAAAGCUGAUGUGUUCUUUGUGCCACUGUCCUGGAGCAACAAUUGGUUGUGACGUGAAAACAUGUCACAGGACAUACCACUACCACUGUGCAUUGCAUGAUAAAGCUCAAAUACGAGAGAAACCUUCACAAGGAAUUUACAUGGUUUAUUGUCGAAAACACAAGAAAACUGCACAUAAUUCUGAAGCUGAUUUAGAAGAAAGUUUUAAUGAGCAUGAACUGGAGCCCUCAUCUCCAAAAAGUAAAAAGAAAAGCCGCAAAGGCAGACCAAGAAAAACUAAUUUUAAAGGACUGUCAGAGGAUACCAGGUCCACAUCUUCCCAUGGAACAGAUGAAAUGGAAAGUAGUUCCUAUAGAGACAGGUCUCCACACAGAAGCAGCCCCAGUGACACCAGGCCUAAAUGUGGAUUUUGUCAUGUAGGAGAAGAAGAGAACGAGGCAAGAGGAAAACUGCAUAUAUUUAAUGCCAAGAAGGCAGCUGCGCAUUAUAAAUGCAUGUUGUUUUCCUCUGGCACAGUCCAGCUAACAACAACAUCAAGAGCAGAAUUUGGAGAUUUUGAUAUUAAAACUGUACUUCAGGAGAUUAAGCGAGGAAAGAGAAUGAAAUGUACACUUUGCAGUCAGCCUGGUGCUACUAUUGGAUGUGAAAUAAAAGCCUGUGUGAAGACCUACCAUUACCACUGUGGAGUACAAGACAAAGCUAAAUACAUUGAAAAUAUGUCACGAGGAAUUUACAAACUAUAUUGUAAAAACCAUAGUGGAAACGAUGAGAGAGAUGAAGAAGAUGAGGAACGAGAGAGUAAAAGCCGAGGAAAAGUAGAAAUUGAUCAGCAACAAACUCAGCAGCAACUUAACGGAAACUAGGUAUGGAUGUUAAUUAUAUGGGAUCUGUUGGCAGGACAUAAUACCUACUGAUAAAGACAUAAUGAAGUAGUAGUAUGCAGUAAGAUUUUUUUAACCCUAAUAUGUUUAGUUAAGAGCAUGUUACCAAAAUGCUGAGGAUUAUAUAGGCUUGUGUAUUUUUUUUAACUAGCCAGUUUUGUAACCAUAAAAACAAACUGUCUCCUUUAUCAGUAAAUGUAGUUACAAUGUCCAAUCAAGAUAUUCUCACUCCUCAAUAACAUUAUGUUGAUUGUAUUCCCCUCAAACAUCAUAUUUUACAUUUUCUUAUCAUCUUUUAAACAGGUUCAUGGGACAAAGUUAGAAAACUGGGAAUGAAUAAGACAUCCAUAACUACUAUUCUUUUUUCACUGUUUUCUAAAAGGGUUUGUAACUUUUUACUGCCCAACUCUUAGAUCCUUCAUUGAACUGCCUAAAAACAUAUUGUUUGUUUUAUGAGUCUUCUCUAGACGGCUGAGUUUGACGUGUCGAUAUUUCGUAGCUGUAGUUUGCAGUUUCUGGGAAGCAGUUGCAACACUAUUAACCCUGUGUAUAGUGUCAACAGUUAAAGCAGACAUUGAAAUGAAGUAAGCUAUAUUCCUGGACUGAACAAAGUUCUACUGUUUAGAGUGUUUAAGUUCGUUUAGUGGAUCAUGCUCAAGGGAAACGUAAGCAAAUUUUACUUUACAAUGCAAACAUGCCACUGGUGGCAACACAUGGUAAUUUGUGGAUUUCUUUUCACACUCAAGUAAUGGAGGCUAGAAAUGAAGAGAACCUUCUUUUUAUCUUAGCUUUGAAAGCACAUGCUAAAAGUCUCUUCCAAGAAGUGUGCUGAAGCUUUUCAUUUGGUUCCUGUCAGAGUUGUUCUCACUGACCAGCAUGGACCUGGGCGGCUGGCAGUUACGAGCUGUGAGCUCCAGUGCUUAUGCCAAAAUUCUCAUGACAAUACGCUUCUUCUCUUUCCAUGCUAUACAAAGAGCUUCUGGCAAAAUGAUCGAAUCCUUUCGAGUUUAAACUAACGUUUGGCAACAGCAAAUUAAACCUCUUCCAGAUUUAAGGGGUUACCGCCUGCUAAGAACUUUAGACACCACAUCCGAAACCCGUUCCUCUCAAGUGCCCUGUUGUGUGGAACACUUCACAUAUUGGCCCAAAGUGUCUAAGGAGGUCUCAUGUGCUGUAGAAGUAAAAAACAGCCUUUGCAUAAAACAGUAUUUAUUUUUAAUUUUGUGACCACUAUUUUAGAAACUUAUUUAAUAUUUUUAAUGUUUUCCGUCAUUGUUUGGUUAUCUAUUAAAUAGGCUUUUGUGCCCUGCUUUUUUCCUGGUAGGGCUUGGUGUUGUUAUAUUGAUCAUCAGAAUUGUUUCUGAAAGCCGAAGAACCCAGCUAUUUAGAAAGGAUUUUUACACUGGCAUGUCUUGCUAGUGACGUUUUCUUCCACUUACUGCUGAAGCACAUUUAUAUGUUUCUUUAUGGCAAAACCAAAAAGCUUUCAUUGUGGUCUGCCUAAUACUACCAUAGCACCUCAAUACCCAGGAUAGGGAUUCUGAUUUCUGAAUUAUUAGUUAACCUAUCACAAUAACGCAAAGUUGGAAAUAAAGAAUCAUGUUAACUUGACUGUACAUUGAGAUAUUCUGCAGCUGAUAGAACAGCAUUUUUAAAUGUAACAGGUGGAAAAUUACACUGUGCUUAGUAACUGAAUUUUUUAACUGCUAGUCCCUUAAGAGCACGUUCAUCAAGUGUGGAUUCACACAUUUACUUCAAUCAAGGGACUAAAUGCUUGCUUUAUUUUAACCAUCUUUAUUGUUAUUUUUAGAAGGAAACUGUCUUUAGUAGUGGAUUGCCCUCUGUGUCUUCUCGUUUUGCUUUCAAUAUGCCAUCAUGUGUAUGUGAUUAAUUUUCAAAAUUCAUGACUUGAAGUGCAAGGACAGAUCUAAAUGUUUGUUUACCAAGCUAUGUGACUUUUUCCAAAGGAUCUGUACUUUAUUUCUUUACAACAGCUUGAAAACCAUUAUUUCUUAAAUCUUUAAAUCACUGUGUCUAGGUCAUUCUUACAUUGUGUGCCAUAGAACUUACCCAUGGAGAAACAGCUCCUUCAUUUUUGGACAACUACUGUAACGAUUCUUUUUUAGGAAAAAUGGAAGGUGCCAGGGGUAAUCAUGGCCAGUCAAUAAUUACAUAAUGGACUUCAAAUACUGCAGCUGUCAGUUGAUGGAUUUGUUGUGUAGUAAAAUACAUGACUUUGUAUGGGUUUCUUCAGCUCUUUCCCUGCCACUAGCAACCAGAAUAGCACUUUACCUUUGGUUGGCUAGAUAAGUGGCUGACUACCUGUUUUUUUCACUGUGGUGUGAUUGGCUGAGUAAUCUUUCAUUAAUUGAAGUAUGAAUUGAAGUCACAUGAAAAAUCAUCUUUGGUUGUAAACCUACAAUAUUUUUGAUUAUCCAUUUCUCAUCACAUGCUGAGUAAAAGUGCCUUACAAUGUAAAAAUUGUACAGUACUUAUGUUCCCAAGUAGCAUCGUCAUCUUCUGGGUAGUGAUUACAUUGUGGUAUUAAUAUUUAGAUAAAUGAACCUCAGCAGUGUAUUUACUGUACAACUCUUAAAUCCUUAACUGUAGUUUUACUAAGCAUGACAUUAUUUGAUAAGUAUAUGACAUUUACAUCAUUUCCAAAAAAUACUGCCAUUACUGUCUUUUAUGCAUAUUUUAGCCUAAAAUUUUGAAGUGUCUUUUCUUUCUUUCGUUUUUUUCUUUUUUGUUUUGUUGUCGUUGUUGGUGUUAUUGAUAUUAAACAGUGUAAUCUUUGCAAGCAUAUAUUGAAGAUUAUUCUGGAGCAUUUAUUGCCUUACCAGAAAUGUUAGAAAUGUUCUUUAGAGUAGAAAGAUAGACUUGAGUUUCUAUACUUUAAUAAGAACUCUUUGUUCCUGGGGGGAGGAGGGGGGGAUUUUUACAUUCAUCUCAAUUUAUUAAAAACCCACAACUGAUAUGAAUUUUAUUUCAAGGAUCAGCAACUUUAGAAUUUCAGAUAGUACUUGCUCUGAAUGACAUGCUACUCAAGAUACUAAGAGAAUAAUAAGAUCUGUUGAUCUACUAUUGAAUCAGAAUCUAUGUACUUGAACAAAUGUGUGAAUCUCAAAUAUCUCAAAGCAAAGGAAAAAGUGUUUUAGAGUGUUGUUGCUUUUUUAAAAAGCACUGAGGUUAGACCAAGGUAUAGUUUGUUUUAACAGACAUUUAGAAUAAUUGUAAAGAUAAGGAAUGCGUCAUGGGUCAAAAAUCAAACAUUCCUCUCAUGUUAUGUAUAUUUUGUUCUUGUUAUAUUGGCUUUAUUUUCAAAAUUGUAGUUUGUAGUAUUAGUUUCCUUUUAUUGGUAUUCUUGCAUAUACAAUUCAUUCAAUAAAUGAGUUAUGACUUUCA